CAGUAGCACCAACGUACGUGAUAAUCAACUCGGUACUGAGGUUCUUUACUAAAAGCAGUAAGAACUCAGUUGCAAAAAUGCAGCCGGACUAUACCACUUCAAACCACUGGCCACCUCUCUCACAGAAUUGUUGGCUGUACCAGCCGACCGUCGCUGCUCCAUCGUACUUUUCCAUGGCAGAGUUUCAUCCGGAUACCGUGAGAGGUGCGGGUCGUUAUUCCGACCAGAUGGUUCUGAAUCCACCAGGAGAUAAGCCAGCGACUCGAACAAGCCAUCUCAGUUCAUACCGAAACUCAUCCACAAACUACCAAACACCUACCAGUUAUCUACCUUCCCAUGGGAAUACCUUCUACCCAGCUCGCGGUCCGAUACGCCAAGAUCUCCUAUCUUCCCCAGCAGACCCUUACCGAAUCCUCGAACGUGGAACAGCAAAUUCGCAAUACUCCUCCUUCAACUCGUUGCUGGAGCGGAACACCGACUUAGCAACUAACAAAGACUCCUUUCUUACGGGUUCCCCUCGCUUGGAAGAGAGCUCUUCCCUUGCUCUUGACGACAAGGUGACCAGGCCACAAAGAGGUCGUACCGUCUUUUCUGCUCAUCAACUGCACGAGCUAGAGAAGGUUUUCAUCACUGAUCAGUACAUCUCUGGGCAACAAAGACGACGUCUUUCUGCUCUACUCGGCCUGACCGAGACACAAGUGCGAGUUUGGUUCCAGAAUCGGCGAAUCAAAUGGAGAAAGAACAGAUUGGAACGAAAGAUCAAAAUGUAACGAGUCCUUGUGGAUGGAAGUGUCUUAAAGAGUGAAGUUAAGGACUGGAUAAAAGGAAUAGAUAGAAGAACAAAUAGACUGUCACACAUAGAUAUCAAAAUCGUUUAGACUUAAGGUGUGGAUUCAAUGUGUCUAACAGAGGUUUGUCAAAAAAGGAAACUUCCUUUAAAAGUAUAGAUAACAUUGUGGUUAAGAUUGUCGCUUUGUUGUUAUUGCUGUCCAUAAUCUUGCUUGCAUCUUAACAAGUUGAGCGACUUUUGUCCACGAUUACUGAGUAGACUCGAGGUUGGCCCAGUGACAUAAAUGCCGAAUUUUGGGGGUAGAUGUAUAGAAUCUCUAGGAAAUCACUGCGAAAUUUUGAAAGCUCGUUGAUAUUAGGGGCUCUUCCCGCUCUUCAUUCUUAUAACUUAAACGAGGACAUGAGCAAGAGUGUGAAUCUCGUUGUCUAGAACCUGAACAUUUUCACUGUCUCUAUUUCGACAGAGACACUUUUAAACACAGGAUGUCUCUAACAUAGUUACCCCUAGGAAAAUGAAAGUAAAUUCUUAGUGUUUCGAAUAGUUAGUUUUCAGGUGUAAAUAUAUAUAAAAAGAAGUUUAAGAAGUAUUUCGAAACUGCUGGAGAGAUAAGUGUGUUUUAUUUCAGCUUACUUUUUGACUUGAUUGGUUUAUGAAUUGUUAUAUACUCAAAGGAAAUGACUGGUUGACUGCUGAUUGACAGAAUUAAUGGUUGAGUGACAUAUUGAAAGAUUGAAAGAUCAAUCGGUAGUUAUAUUGAUUUAUUGACUGCUUGGAGUUUAAGCUAAAAUAAAAUAAAAUAAAAUUGCAUAA